AUGUAUUUUACUUUGAUAAUCGUUUUAAGUAAAAACAUAUACAUAUGUAUUUUAUUUGACAUGAUGGAUAUUCUACCAUCGAUGUGUGGAACUUAUUGUAUUACUUUUAUUGAUACAUUUCAUUGGUCUGAAGAUAAAAUUAAAAAAGAAUUCAGUACUGUUGGAAAAGUAUUCAAAGUUCAUAAAAAUUAUUUCGAUAGGGUUUUCGUUAGGUUUUUAGAAAAAGAUGAUGCUUUGAAAGCUCUUUCCAAGUACAAAAACUCAUUAAAUGUGGAACCUGCACGUAAUCGGAGAAAAAGCAGCACAGGCUCAAAAAGAGAAGAAAAUAGAAGAAAUAGUUCAAAUGGUGCUACGUCAGUUAUUAACCAAAAUGAAUUACCUGAUGUACCUGAAUUAUUAAACAUGAGUCAAAAUAAACAGAAAGUUUUUAAUUUAGUAUUAGGUAAUCUUCCAAAAGAUUACACAAUUAAAGAUGUCAAAGCUCUUGUAGCUGAAACAAAAGAAUUAAAAAUAAGUGAAAUUGAUGAGACUAAUUUUUGUAAAAUGAAAUUUUGCUGCCUUACAUUAAAUUCGGAAGAAAAUCUUUUGUAUCUCAUAAAUAAAUUAAAUGGAUUCAUGAUAUCUGGUAAUAAAUUAAUUGCAGUUGAAGAAAAUAAACUUUUAAAUUGGUGUAAGCUUCCUCUUUGA